UACUUGUUCAGAAGGGCUGUAACUGUCCAACAGCAGGGGAGGGAAUGAACGAGAGAAAAGAAGGGAGUGACAGAAGCCGGGGGGAAGAAGGGGGCUCAUUCAGCCUACGAGAGCGAGGAGGAGUGGAGCGGUUAGUGCAUGGAGUAGGGAACUUGCUGCCUGUGGGAAAGUAAACAGCACAGGGUAUUUGCCGCCCUCUCAGUGGCCUCAGUCCGGCAGCAGCGGAUAAACGGAGGAUGAGGAUGUGUUCAAGGAGGCAGCUGAUUUCAUAGCAGGAAGUGCAUGGGAGGUUGUUGGGAUUAAAGUCCCUCUUGGGAGGUGCUGAAGCUUUCCUGUGGAAGUACUGCUGAGGACAAAAAGAGCCCAUGUCCACAGCUCACCAGUACCUGGAAAAGGAUGUGGAGGAAGAGGAGCAGAAAGAAAAAUUCAAUUUUGAAGAGAUCAGCAAACAGAAGUGCAAAACUACCUCUGUAGAUGAAACAGCAAAAUGCAGUGAGCCUCAGACACAUUCAAGUGACUUGGAAGUGACUCAGGAAAAACAUUCUGAUAAUUUAUCCCAAGCAGUCUCUACAGUUUCUCCUGCUGGUCAGGAGUGUACCAGUUAUUACAAGACUAAUGUAUCAACUACCAACAAAAGAGACCAAGCUUCCACAGUCUCUGCUGCACCAGAGGACUUAAAUGAAAAGGAAGACCAGACUUGCACUGAGGUGAAGACCGAGAGGGAAACAUGCACUGUUAAAACUGACACAGGAACAGAGGAUAUCAGACCAAGCCCAGCACAAAAUGCUGAAGGUGAGACCUCUGCUGAUUCAGAACACCAGACGGCUGGUCCGGAGGUGAUCUAUGAUGAUGUACCCUGUGAAGAAGAUCUGUCUUCAGGAGAAGCUGACUUGAUCUAUGAAGACAUACAGAAAGGGGAGGGCUUGCAAGGGCCCAAUAAUGGCUGGAGCUCAAGUGAGUUUGAAAGCUAUGAUGAGCAGUCCGACUCUGACAGGGCGCCAACCCGCAGCAAGCUCUCCCCUGAUGUUCGACGACUGAGAGAACGUUACACCAGGACCAAACAGGAGCUAGCCAUGAGACUGGGGGGCAGACAUCAGGUCCAUCAGCUGAUGCGGGCGGCACGUAGCGGAACGAAAGAUGGCCUAGAGAAGACCAAAAUCGCUGUGAUGAGGAGAGUUUCAUUCCUACAUAAAAAGGACCACUCAGAUGACACUGAGGAUGAUACAGGGUAUCUGGAUGUGAUGGUAUCAGAGGCAAAACACCCACCUGCACAACUGGGACCAAUGCCAGAUGGGCUUAGCAGCCUGCAGAUUGUCCGACGCCAUAUUUUGGGCUCCAUUGUGCAGAGUGAAAGGAGUUACCUGGACUCUCUUAAACGGAUCCUACAGGAAUACCAGCGACCUCUGAUGGAGGCCGAGCCUCGGAUCCUCAGUGUCAGGAAAAUCCGGCCCAUUUUUUUCCGUCUGCGGGAGAUCAUGCAGUGCCACUCCAUGUUCCAGAUUGCCCUGGCAUCUCGGGUGGCCGAAUGGGACUCUUGUGAAAAGAUUGGGGACCUGUUUGUAGCUUCAUUCUCGAAAUCAAUGGUGCUGGACGUAUAUAGUGAUUACAUCAAUAAUUUCACCAAUGCCAUGGCCCUCAUUAAGAAAGCCUGCAUGUCUAAACCAGCAUUUCUGGAGUUUCUCAAGAAGAAGCAGGUGUCCAGCAUUGACCGCAUAACUCUCUAUGGUCUGAUGGUAAAGCCUAUUCAGCGUUUUCCUCAGUUCAUCCUCCUCCUGCAGGAUAUGCUGAAGAACACUCCCAAUGGCCAUGUGGACAGGCUGCCCUUGCAAUUGGCUCUGACUGAAUUGGAGACCCUUGCUGAGAAACUCAAUGAGCAGAAAAGGGUGGCUGAUCAGAUCACUGAGACGCAGCAGCUGGCUCGCUGUGUCAGUGACCGCUCUCUCAGCAAGCUGCUGAACUCUGAGCAGAGCUCUUUGAUCCUUUGCGAGACGCUGAUUGAGACGGUGUACGGCGAAAGAGGACAGGUCCUCAAGUCUAAGGAGCGAAAAGUCUUUCUAUUCGGUGACAUGCUCAUCUGUGCCAACAUCAACAUCAAGGGCCCCCCUGACAUCAGCAGUCUGGUUCCAGUAGGUCCCAAGUACACCCUGAAGUGGAGCGCCCCCUUGCAGCAGGUCCAGGUAGUUGAAGUGGGUCAAGAGGGCUCCCAGACCAAGGACACUCUCUAUCAGCUCAGAGGCGUCAAGCGCUCAGGCGGCUCUUCGGGAUCGGGAAGUAUCUUUCUGGGUCCGCCCCGUCUGUAUCAGGAACUGCAGGAGUUGCAGCAUGACCUCUCAUUGGUAGAACAGGUCACUCUGCUUGUCGGGACUUUACAGGGAACGUACCAGAAUCUGAACACCACUGUUGCACAAGACUGGUGUUUGGCACUGCAAAGGCUGAUCCGCAUCAAGGAGGACCAAAUUCAGAGCGCCAACAAGUGCCGUUUACGAUUGCAAGUCCCUGGCAGACCAGACAAGUCUGGUCGUCCUGUGAGCUUCACGGUGGUCUUCAACACACCAAGCCCCGUCAGCAAGAUCUCCUGGGUCAACCGGUUACACUUAGCAAAAAUAGCACUGAGUAAGUUUGAAUUUUAUCCUCCACUAACUCAUGACUAG